UGAAAUUACGUUGAACCAACAGUUGAAUUGAUGUCUGUGCACAGUGGGUGUGUUCCCAACCAUGAAGGAGGAGAAAAUAAGUAUUUGUAUAACUAAAUUCGUAGCCUACUUUCAGUUGGAUUGAAAUUGCUGGAGAGGACUGCCGAUAUUUCCAAUAGUCAACACUUGGUUAGAUGCUGAGAACGCUUCCCGUUGAAAAUUUGAUUUGAUUAAAUAUGAAGUCUAUGGCUGACAUGAAUUGUACUUUUGAUCAACAUGGGGACUCAAAUGGAGAUAGAUUACUGCUCCAGGCGCUGUGGGAUGAUCUGCGAGCGCGACGGGAGUUUCUCACGUCACCUUAUCUGCCCGCAUGCUUUGCUUUCUUCAUCCACAUUCUCCUCUGCUCACCUUUCCUAGUAUUUGAAGCGCUGGGAUGUUUAUGGCCACGGAUACAUUUCUAUAGGAUCUCUAGGAACGCUGAACCGUUGGGGCUCUGUUUGCAGCGAUGGGUUGACUGCUUUUGGAGGAUUUUUAUCAAAUACCUGACAACUAUUCUCCCGGCCAGCGCGCUCUACCAAAGCGUUCGGAAUCCAAUAUUUCCAGAACUCGCGCCAUCCUGGAGAGUGCUCAUAGCGGAGGUUAUCGCGUGCCUACUUCUAUUCGAUGCGCUGUUCUUCAUAUGGCAUUAUACCAUGCAUCGGGUUCCUUGGCUGUAUCGGAUGGUCCACCAGGCUCACCACCAGAACCGGAUUACCUUUGCCCUGACUGCCCAGGAUGCCAGCCCGGCUGAGCUCCUCUCCCUGCAGUUGCUGGCCCUGACCAGUGCCUGGGUGGUGGGCUGCCACCCUUUGAGCGAGGCCCUGUUCCACCUGCUCAACACCUGGCUGGCCGUAGAGGACCACUGUGGUUAUGACCUGCCCUGGGCCCUCCAUAGACUGCUGCCCUGCUUCGGAGGGGCUCCCUUCCACCAGGCACACCACCACGUCUACAGGGGGAACUACGCCCCCUACUUCAGGCACUGGGACUGGCUUUGUGGGACCUACCUGAGGGUAAGGGAGGAGGCAGGAAGGAAACAUGGAGGGAGGACAAUGAGGAGAAGGAGGAGGAGGAAAAGCCUGGGGUCUGACUGUGUAUGUGCGCGGGCAUGCGUGUGUUAAAAUGUAUGCAAGCAAUGAAGCAAUCAAAUAACUGACAGGUCAGUUUUCACUCUCAAAAUUAUUAUUUUUUAUACAAUUUUGUUGUUUUUCUAAGUACAACAAAGCUUAAAUCACAACAGGAGACCACUUUUGAGGUGUGGGGAAGAAAAUAAAACUAUAUAUUUUGCAGGUUUUAGUUCCACUUUUAAUUUCAAUUGAGCACAUCAAGAGACUGGUUUUUGGCUGGCAGGGUUUUUGUACUGCAUGUGCAAUAGCAGAGUUUGCAAAACAAAAUACCACCCGAUUUGAUACAAUUCAUUCUACCAGGUAAGCCUACUUUGCAGUUAACAUUUUAAUUUGGAAAGUUUACUGGAAGGCCUUUAGAAAUUACUGUUUCGGAAAUGUUAACUGACUUGCCUAGUUAUAGUUUAAAUGUAAAAAAAUAUCAAAAAAAUUAACUGGCUGCACAAAGUGGUAGACACAGGCAUUCCUAUGCCAUUGCAUCUUCAGAAAGUUGCAAUAAAUACAAAUCACAGAUGCAUUCUUUAAUAUUUUUACAUGUAGGCUUUGGAUUGAAUGAAUCUGGUGUGAAAAUUAGCUUGCUAAUAAAAUCAGACAGUUAACGUCAGCUAGCUAAAGUUACAACAUCAGAUGAGCUAACAUUAGUAACCUAACCAAUUCGCUAUAGUAUUAACUGGUAUACGACUCCUUGCCGUUCCUCAAGUUAUAGCAUGUUAGUUGCUUACUGGACCCUGGCAAUCUAUGUGAAAUGUUAGCAUAGUGGUUAGUUUGUUAGCUAGUUAACUAAUGUUUUCCCUGUACAGUAUGUGGUUAAUUUUCAGAGUGAGAGAAUUAGGUGAAAAUGAGGCAUUGUGGAUUCAGGGAUCAAGUGUAGCUGGAGCUGGGCCUGGCUUAAACUGGGUGCCACUAUAGAGGUGAAAGGAUCACCACACACUUUCCCUCUUUCUCACUUUUGUUGAUGUCCACAGACAGAAAGUGUACAAUGUAAAAAUGUGCAGUGUAGCCCAAAUACACUGCUCAAAAAAAUAAAGGGAACACUUAAACAACACAAUGUAACUCCAAGUCAAUCACACUUCUGUGAAAUCAAACUGUCCACUUAGGAAGCAACACUGAUUGACAAUAAAUUUCACAUGCUGUUGUGCAAAUGGAAUAGACAAAAGGUGGAAAUUAUAGGCAAUUAGCAAGACACCCCCAAUAAAGGAGUGAUUCUGCAGGUGGUGACCACAGACCACUUCUCAGUUCCUAUGCUUCCUGGCUGAUGUUUUGGUCACUUUUGAAUGCUGGCGGUGCUCUCACUCUAGUGGUAGCAUGAGACGGAGUCUACAACCCACACAAGUGGCUCAGGAGGUAAUUUUGCAGGGCUCUUGCAGUGCUACUCCUUGCACAAAGGCGGAGGUAGCGGUCCUGCUGCUGGGUUGUUGCCCUCCUACGGCCUCCUCCACGUCUCCUGAUGUGCUGGCCUGUCUCCUGGUAGCGCCUCCAUGCUCUGGACACUACGCUGACAGACACAGCAAACCUUCUUGCCACAGCUCGCAUUGAUGUGCCAUCCUGGAUGAGCUGCACUACCUGAGCCACUUGUGUGGGUUGUAGACUCCGUCUCAGGUUUAUAUUAAACAAAUACAUGUCUGAACUGUAAAGAAAUGUGCAAAUGAACCAAAUGAUACAUUUGUGAUAUUUUUGCAUAUUACCCAGCAUCCUUUUCUGCGUCUGAAGUUUUGAAUUAUAAUAUGUUGUUUCUCAUAUUUAGCUUAUUCAAAUUUGAUGUUCAUUUUCCAACUGAAUAAUGUUGUACUUUUAAUUAUACGUUACACAUUUUUUGAAUGUUAAUGUUUUACUGUAAUGUGAACAACUGAUCAGAGUUAUAAAAAGUGUUAGUUGUAAAUGGCAACUCCAGCCACAACUAUUUGUAAAUAACUGUUGUAACAUUGGCUGAGAAGAUGCUUUGGUCAAUCAAGGUAACCUUUGCAUGGCUAAUUACAAUGGUCAAUGUGGUUAAUUAUUAGGUCUAUUUGUAAAAGUAUGUUUGGAAGAUAUUAUAAAUACACUUUAUUUGUAAAGAAAAUACAAAUGACCAAAUCAUCCUCUAGUAGCCUCAUGGGUGGAAUGUUAUUCAUAUUUUUCAGAAUUUCAUUUUUUUUUUAAGUGUAUCGCCGAAAAUCUGGUGUUUCUUUUUAAAACGGUUCUGUUAUAUUUCAGUCUGCUCUGAGGUAAAUAAAGCGUAAUAUUGGGAUGCAACCUCAACGCUAUAUCUCACAUGGUGCAGGCUUUUUAAGCCCAUUCCCAUGUGUGUGAGGUGUAUACUUUUGUUUCAAAGUAGAUUUAUGUAAUACUACCAAGAAACACUCUUUGUGACCUUGAUUCAGCCAACUGCAGUAAAAGGUUAUUAAUUGAUCAUGCUAGUAUACUAUAAUACAAUGACUUUGAUUGGCAGUGAUGUAAAGCACUUAAGUAAAAAUACUUAAAAGUACUAUUUAAGUCGUUUUUGGGGGUAUCUGUACUUUCCUUCACUAUUUAUAUUUUUGACAACUUUUACUCCACUACAUUCCUAAAGAAAACAUGUACUUUUUACUCCCAUACAUUUUCCCUGACAUCAAAAAAGUACCUGUUCAAAGAAUCAGGAAGGACAGAAUUGUGGUCCAAUUCACGCACCUAUCAAUAUCAUGCGUUGUCAUCCCCACUGGCUUUGAUCUGGCUAAGUCACAAAACACAAGUACCGAGUUUGUAAAUAAUGUCUGAGUGUUGGCGUGUGCUCCUGUCUGUAAAUAAUGUCUGAGUGUUGGAGUGUGCUCCUGUCUGUAAAUAAUGUCUGAGUGUUGGAGUGUGCUCCUGUCUGUAAAUAAUGUCUGAGUGUUGGAGUGUGCUCGUGUCUGUAAAUAAUGUCUGAGUGUUGGAGUGUGCUCCUGUCUGUAAAUAAUGUCUGAGUGUUGGAGUGUGCUCCUGUCUGUAAAUAAUGUCUGAGUGUUGGAGUGUGCUCCUGUCUGUAAAUAAUGUCUGAGUGUUGGAGUGUGCUCCUGUCUGUAAAAAAAAACAAGAACAUCGUGCUGUUUGGUUUGCUUAAUAUAAGGAAUUUGAUGUAUAGCAUUUACUUGUACUUUUUAUACUUUUACUCAAGUAUGACAAUUGAGUACUUUUUCUAGCACUGUACUUAAUUACAUUUAAAACUAGAUCGUUUUAGACUUUUACUCAAGUAAUAUUUUACUUGUUGACUUUUACUUAAAAAAGUAAAGAUGCCUUAAUCGAAAAUGACUCAAGUAUGACAAUUGAGUACUUUUUCCACCACUGUUGAUUUGCCAACUACAUAUAAAUAUUUGUUUACACUAAAUUAGAAUUGUUCCUCUCUCUGUGUGUGGCUUGGAACCCAGAUAAACUGCUUUUAUUCCAGAUCUUACACCCUUUAUCCUCAUGCACACCUUUUGAUGUUGUUUACCAAAGAGUUGGAGUUCCGGUGAAAGGGUGGCUUUGCGACAUCCAACGGAGGCAUCUGUUUUGUUUUUUCUCCCAGUAUAUCCCUCUGUUCUCUCGCUCUCUCUCUCUUGCUCUCUCUCUCCCCCCUCUGUUCUCUCUCGCUCUCUCUCUCCCCCCUCUGUUCUCUCGCUCUCUCUCUCGCUCUCUCUCUCCCCCCUCUGUUCUCUCGCUCUCUCUCUCUCUCUCCCCCCUCUGUUCUCUCUCUCUCUCUCGCUCUCUCUCUCCCCCCUCUGUCUCUCGCUCUCUCCCUCUUGCUUUCUUUCUGUCCCUUAUCUAUGAUAUGGUAAGCUCUGCAUUUCGUGUGUGUGUGUGUGUGUGUGUGUGUGUGUGUGUGUGUGUGUGUGUGUGUGUGUGUGUGUGUGUGUGUGUGUGUGUGUGUGUGUGUGUGUGUGUGUGUGUGUGUGUGUGUGUGUGUGUGUGUGUGUGUGUGUGUGUGUGUGUGUGCGUGUAUUAUCUCACUACUUCCUUAAUGACGAUUUUGUAAACAUUAGCCUCUUCCUUGUGAAAGCAAUAUUUUUGGGGUCAGAAAAUCAGGCAGGGAUGAUCUUGUUUAUGUGUUUAUUUGUUUUGUAAAUGGUGGAGCUGCAGAUACAGAACUUUGCUCCAUUGACCAGUUCUUGUUGACAAAUCCGUAAAGGGUUUGUUGAUGUUGAUGAAUGCGACAGGAUAUGUCGGUUGGACAGUAUCUUCCCAAAUUAAAUGUAAUUUUAAUGAGGUGUGAGAUGUAAUGGGUACGGAUUAAAGAUUUGUUGGACAUCAGUAAAUCUGCACAAACAAACAGAUUGAGAUCAGCUGAUGAGAACAGCACAGCGCAUAAUCCUGCAUUUCGGUUUCAUUUUAUGACACAAGUUAUAUUAUUUCAUAAAUCAGUUGUAAUACUUAAAAAUGUAAUCCUAAAAAGCAUUUAUUUUAUUUUGAGAAAAAGUAUAAUGAGAGAGGAAUAUGUUGAGUUUAUUUCCAAAAUGCUUUAUCCACCAAUUAUUCACAUUUAUGUUUUUCAUCAGAAAUGAUUGCUAAUUGGUACCUUUUUAUUCAUAGAUUUCAGAUGUCAAUGAAGGUUUUUUGUUGUUGUUUUGCGAAACGCUAUGUAUCCACUGUUUAGCUAUAAUGGAAUGUUCAUAUCCUGUAUAUUUGACUGUGAUAUGUGAUUGUCUCACCUAGAUAUCUUAAGUUGUAAAUGUUUUACAUACAGAGCUCAUAUUACUGUAUGAAUUAUAAAAAAUAAUAAUAUUGAUGUUACAAAUGUAUCAUUUGUACAUUUCUUUAUAAAUUAUUUUUGUUAUUUGUUACAUUUAA